GUGGGAAUCCGCGUGAUAUAAGUGAGCUAUUUCUGUACGAGUCUCGAAAUACUAGCUUGGUUGGACCUAGGAUGGUCAAAUCUUAUCUCGCAUGAAUAUGCAAUGUCCAGCAUCCUCUCGUAGAGAAUCCGAAGCUACAGUGUUCUAGUAUACUCCAUUUAUGGAUUCUUCAGCUUGAUUUGCUACCAAUCUUCGGGUUCUGCGUCGUGAGACAAGCUAAAUCAAGACAUUCCAAGCCACACUCGCGGAAUGAACUACAGCGCGUCGGCGGGGUCUUCUGUUGAUUAAACUGCACAUGAGCUGAGGGCUAUGGGGUCCACUUUAGAAGGGAUAAGCUCUCCCUUGAGAUAUCAUGUUAAUGAAGGUGGGUUGACUAGCCGUACGGGAGUCAGAGUUAUCUUAUAAGACCAUGAGGAAGAAACGUGUUGCUAGCAUGGUUUAGCACCUAGCUGAAGUCCUUGGGCUUCACCUUCUCAUACUAUCGCCUCGACUCCUAGGGAUCUUCACGACAUCAACGAUGGCUAUGGUUUCUUGGCUUAUAGUUUCGAUUUUACUGCUAUGCCUGGCAUAUGCGGCGAAAAGGGUAAACGAUAGACGUAGGAUCCCGCCUAAUACUCGACCACUACCCGGACCGAAGUCCCUGCCUCUGAUCGGCCGUGUACACGAUAUUCCGGUGAAUUCGUCGUGGCUGAAGUUCUACGAAUGGAGUAAGGAGUAUGGCCCAAUAUAUCAGACCAAAAUGUUUGGUACGGUCCACGUCUGGAUUUCAACAGAACGAAUCGCGAUCGAUCUGCUCUCGCGGAGGGCACGCAACUAUUCAGACCGGCCACAGAUUCCUAACCUUCCUGAUAAUCGAACAAGCGGACACUAUCUCGCGCUGUCGGGGCAUAAUGCUACUUGGAAACGCCAGCGGAAGCUCUGCCAGCAGUUGAUGAGCGUGACGGCUAACGCUUCGCUAUAUGAUUACCCAACAAAAGAACGGGAUCGCUUCUUAUACCUCCUAUCGCGUGACCCGUCACAAUAUCGGGAAUACGUCGAGCAAUUCACAUCACGCACGGUAGCGCGGCUCUCUUGGGGUAGCCCCCAUCCCGCCCAGCUUUUGCGAGUGACGACUUCCGGUCUCCUCGAAACCAUCUCCCCUACAGGCGCGCUGCCUAACGCUGUACCCUGGCUUAUGCACAUACCUAGAUUUAUAAGUCCGUGGAAACAGAAAGAAAAUUCCCGGCAUAGACUCGAAUCUGGACUUCUGAAGGGCAGUGUUCGGUACGUACACGACCGUAUUAGCGAGGGUAAUGCCGAACCAAGUUUCGUACAUACAUUUAUAAACAAACAGAGCGGCCUAAACGAUAACAGUAAAUGGGGCGACGAGGCCGAGGCCACGUAUGUUGUCGGGCAAAUGGCCAUCGCCGGAGCCUUGACGAUUGGAAGUCCGAUCCAGAGCUUCAUACUUGCCAUGCUGCAUUAUCCCGACUGGCAGAGAAGACUCCAAGAUGAAAUCGAUACCGUAUGCGAAGGAAGGUGUCCCGAAUGGGAAGAUCGUGAAAAGUUACCGAUGCUUCGUGCCGCCGUGAAGGAGACGGUUCGGUGGCGCCCCCCGGUUCCGACAGGAAUUCCACAUGCGAUAGAAAACGACGAUGUAUAUGACGGUUAUUUUAUUCCCGCCGGUGCUACUAUUCACGCCUUGGAGUGGGCUAUUACCCGCGACGAGUCUGUAUAUCCAGACGCGGAUGCUUUCAAUCCUGCUCGGUGGCUAGAACCGAAGUAUCCUACCUAUAAGGAGCCACUUUCCGUGUACCCAAACCUCAAAGGAUUCAGUCAGUUCGGCUUCGGCCAGCGCACGUGCCAAGGCGUUCCAAUCGUAGAGCAAGAUCUAUUCUUGACGAUGGGCGGGAUGGUGUGGGCUUUCAAUCUCCGGAAGAAAUGUCGGGAAGACGGUAGCGAAAUACCCGUGCACUGGAAUGACUACACGCCGUUGCUCAUAGCCAAGCCAGCGCCAUUCGAAUUUGACGCAUCGGUACGAAGCAAGAUAAAGGAGAUAACUCUGAGACAGAUGUGGGAGACAGGUAAAGGCGAAGACGACGAAGAGGAAGAGCAGAAUGAGCUCCUCGUACAGACACGGAAGGAAGAUAUCGCGGAUAUAGAGGCCACGGAGGCAGUGCACGAAGAUGAUACUGCAAGUGAUCGCGGUAGCGAGACAAGUGUUUCGGGAUCACUCGCAAGAUCGGCUUCAUCUGUUAGUAUGGAAUCUGAUAGUGAGUCCGGUGAUGGGGGUAGCCCUACAUUAGCGUCUAGCUUUCAUUUAUCGAAACGCCCGGCGAUGAUGGCAGCGGCGGUAGGAGAGCAAAACAUACAGCAAUCGUGAUAAGGACGCUAAAAAGGGUAACUACAGGAUGGCAUGGCAUAAUAUGGUGCGGCAUAUGUUAGUUUAAAGGGGAAGGACGUAGGUUAGCGGUAGGUUAACUAUUAG